UUCUUACGACUUUGUGUUACGUAAACAUUUGCACUUCACAAAAAUCAGAAUGUUCAUGCACUUUACACUCAUUUUUCUCAUUCCUAUAUGUAUUUAUUGUGAUGAAAUAUCACCAGAAAAGAAAGAAAUCGUAAAAAAGACAGAAAAUGCAACAGUUCAAAAUGAAGAAAUCGCAAGCCGAGAUCUCAAUACGCAACAUCGUAUUAUUGGACAAGGACUAGGACUUCCACACGAUCAUUUACAAAAUCAAGAAUUAGUUGAUAAAUAUAUUUCUGACUCGGAGCCAGGCUAUGUGCACACUGGAUUAGAUGUCGGUGCUUCUUUUCCAAUGAAUUCUGGUAUUCAAAACAUACCAAUAGUACACCAGCAAUCACACGGUACUCCAAAUGCAGAUAUUUCACGUAAUGAUCAGAUAAGACAAGAACUUCUUAAUAAGAUCCGUGGAGGAAGUCCACCACAAAAUGGCCUUCCGGACUACAAACCUAUGAUGACCAGUUCUAGCAGCAACUUCCCACCAUCCUUUAGUUCUGCCAUCGGUUCCUCGCCGUAUGGCUCUAGGAACAUUCCAUCGUAUACUUCUAAUAGCCACCCAUCUACAGGUUCACACAAUUACGGUGGAUUAUCCUACGGAAAAAUUGAUCAAGGCCAUGGAGCGUCGGGAGAUCAAGCAACAUGCAAUGUGAGUGGAAGAAUACUUUUACAUGGUGAUAAAUGGGCAUCACCCGGCAUCUGCGGGUUGUUCACUUGUUCAGAGAGCAGAUUUAGAGUACUAACUACCACGUGCCCUUUACUGUCAUAUCAAGAGGAUGCGGACUGCUUUAUAGAAGAACAGGAUUUAUCACAAGAUUUCCCUCGCUGCUGUCCAAAACUUAUAUGUUCCCAUCAAGCGAAGGUCACACCAACUACUGAAGAACCUAGGAAAUACGGAGGAGAAUAUCGAUUCUAAUGUACAUAAAGUUUGAAUAGUUUAGGUU